CUCCAACUGAGUGAUGUGACUGGCUUCAUUUCACAGACAUCAUUAUUCCCGGAAAGGUUCUGGGAAGCAGUGAAGCAAUUUCACAACCGUGAUAGUGACAGAGCUAUAGUUGGGUGUGGAAAUGGUGCUGCAGCAACGUGGAGUGGCCAGAGGGGGAGGCUCUGACCACUUCAGAGGCACCAGAAGGCUCAGGGUCAAGUUUUGGCGCUCGCUUUUAGACACGGGGUUAACUUUGGGCAUAGUGCUUCCUGCCCUGGGCCUCCAUUUCUUUACUUAUGAAAUAAGGGGUUGGUCCAGUCCAUGCUAAAAGCUUCAUUUCUACGGGUGUCCGGUUCAUGCUGCGAAUACCUCCUGUCUUCCCUGAUGCUGGCCUGAAGUGUGAGGAGACUCGACACCCGGCUUCUUAGCUCAGGGUCCAGGAGCCAUGGAGCCUGUGUGAGGGACGAGGGGGAGGGCCUCACCAUACACCUGUGAGCCCGCUGGACCUCUGGCUCCUUGAGAGGAGGCAUGGGUUACAUCCAUCUUCGGCCUUGGCCCAGGGGCCGUCUGUCCAGCUGGUGGCCACCUGCUGCCCAGGUGAUACUGCAGCAGCACCUGCUCCCAUGUGACCUAGGGCUCCAGUCAUAAGAUCUCUAAGUCCACAGACGCUGUUAAAAAUGGAUACAUUCCUUUUGUUGUAUACUUCGGUUCUGGGGGACUUGAGCUUCAUGGUACUCUCCUGGCUUUCCUGCCACGUGAGAAUGUUCGAGGAAGGCUACCGGGUCAGGUGGUGUGGCAGGCAGGCUCUGUGCUCUCUGUUCCCGUGGUUGUGGGGACCUCGAGGGGAGGCUCAGAUCUCACCGGAGACCCUGAAUAACAGCAGCCCCCAUGUCUCUGUUGGGAAGAAACGGGGCUCCUGGAAGCAAGAAGAAGGAUUUGACAUGUUUGACAGAUUUCAGCUCAAUCUCUUUGAUAAGUCAGGAGAUGAAGACCAAGGAGGAAGAGGGUGACGAGAAUAGGGGGAGGCCACGGUCAAGCUCGCUAGCUGACCCUGGGCCAUCCUGGUCCCGGUGCAUCGAAGCAGUCCCUUUGGAGGAUGGAAUAGCGGGAAUACAGGAGAGAGACACCAGGCCGGAAUCUGGUCGGACGUUGUUCUUUGUUCAGGGUCGUGACUAGUGAUUAUCACGAGUUAGGCUGGUAUUGAAAACCACUCCAUUUUUCCUUCUGUUAGUGGUAGAGGGGAUGGAAACAGCUCAACAUGAAGAUAAAUGUGACUCCUAUAGCCUCUGGGCCACCAGGAUGUUUGUUGUGCUGUGUAUGCAGUGAGACUUUUUCUGGGAUCAUCUUUUGCCAGGGCGUGGAUAAAAGCCCUGCGACUUUGCAGUCAUGGACCUGGGGAGGUCCUGGCCUGGGGGUCAGGCAGCCUUGGCUCAAACUCUGGCAGUACCACUUGCAGGCUAUGGGACCUUGGUAGGUUACUCAGCCUCUCCUUGCCUUCGCCUUCUCAUCUGUCAAAUGGGCUAUUAAUGGGCCCCACUUAGGGAAUGUAAGUGUCCCCUAUCCCUGUGAAAUAGAUUGCUUGUUGCUGGGGCAGGAGAGCUCUGUAAAUUCCGGCCGUGAUGAUGCUCCUGAAACCAAUGCCUGCGUGCCUGACCUUUGUAUUGAUGACAAUACCCCCUUCACCUCCAGGGUCAUUGGAUGGGGGACAAGUUUUGAAUGCAAAGGGCUCAAGUCCACCUUCCGAGGACAUUUGUUACUGGAUCCCCCUACCCCCACCCUGGGCCCUGCCAACCUCACUUCUUGGUAUUCCUAGAACUUUCUCUCCAUCCUUAGCUUCAAAUGCAGGGAGAAAGAACAAGAUUUGACGACGAAGUCAGAAAAACUAGUGCCACCAAUACAGCCCUCACCUGAAAUCAUCUGAGGAGACCAGAUUAACGCACAUGGAGUGUUGCUGAAAGGAGCAGUUGGCCAGAAAGUAACACUGAACCCCACAUAGAAAACGUCACCUUUGAUCAGAACCAAAUGAACUUUUCCACCAUGGUCUCCGAGGAGGGUGUGAGGGCUCAGAUCCCCAGAAAGAGCCACACUUCUUCAGAUGCUCCAGAAAACGUCACUCCACAAACUGAAGCAGUAGAUGCUAGAGAAAGAAAUGACUCUUCUGGGAAGACGGAUUUCACCAUUUCCCCCUUUGGGGCUGACACAGCAACAGCUCUGACUUCCCAGAGCAUCACCAUAGCUUUGGGAACGCUUCACUUGCCAUCCAGCUCAGGGUCCGAAGGAAGAACUGCCCUUUCUCACACGGAGAGCGCAACAUCCCCGGGUUCCCCGGCAGGAGAGAAGGAGCUCCCAGAAGAAGCCACCGUGCAUAGCCAAGUGGCUGCCACUUGGGUUUUAGGCCAGUCUCCUCUUCCUGCUCUGGAGAUGGGAGAAGAGAUCACACUCUCCGGGAAGAGAAACGCCUCCGGACUGGCGCUCUCCUGGCUGCCUUUCUCCAGGACCCUGGCUUACUCCCCUCCCUCGGAGUCCUCCUCUGCUUCUGGAAGCACAGAGGAGCUAAACAACCCCACUAUUCUCCCAAGUGCCUUGGCGAGUCAGACAGAGAAUGUGCGUGUUGCCACGACGCUCCCCAUUGGUGUCCCAGGGACACUGCAGUCUUUAACCGUCAGUCUGCGGCCUCUAAAUGAGAUGGAGAGUUUCCGCAGGGACUCUGAAAUUGCCAGGACUUCAGUAUCAGCCCAUUCUUCACCCUUUGAGGCAGAGUUGCGAAGAAACAGUGAAGUAAUCAGGAACCCAGGGGGUGCGGAAUUCAUCGAGCCGUCCACAGGAAAUGGAUUUGGCCUCGCAUCUUCCGGGGUCUCCGUGGGAUUCUGGCAAAAUGAUUCCCCAACCUUGGGAGGAGACCGGCUUGCCAGCAGCUCGGAGGCAGAGAACGGAAGCCCCGUGUCUCAGACCGAGGCUGUGUCCAGGUCCGUCCCGUCGGGCAGAAGUGGAGACAGCACAGCACGCGGAUUCUUGACCAACAGCAAGACACUCGCAGAUGUGACAGGAAGCUCUGCUUCCUAUCCUGAAGUUGUGAACGCUUCAGUGUUGACCCACUUCUCAGCCUCUGCCCCCCAGUCUAGAGGAAGUGACAGAGCACUGGGCGAUAGGAGCUACGCUGAACCGGCCACCGAAUCGUUGUCCUCAUCCUCCUCAGAGAGCCUGGAUUCCUCAGCACCACGUGGCGAACGCUCGACCACUGAAGACGGCCCGGAGCCCGGAGGCAGUUCUGACGUGGAGGACAGGACUUCCCAGGCUCACCACCCGCACACCUCAGCUACUUUCACCGGGAAUGGAGAGCGCACGCUGCGGUCUCUCACCAACGCAAGCACAACGUCUGGGGACGUGGGGCACUCUGGGCUAGUGCCCAGAGAAACCGAGAGCGCCACCCAACACGGGAAUGUGACCGUGACUGGUGACGCCCACUUGGCCUCGGGUUCACUGGCGGCCUCGCCAGCCCUGGGAGUCACCGGAACUAGCUACAAUCAAGUGAGUGGCACGGAUGUGGAACAGAGGACUUCCAGUGACUACACAGACCACACCUACGUCUCAUCCACUUUCACCAAAGGAGAACGGGCAUUGCUUUCCAUUAUAGACAACAGUUCAUCCCCGGACUUAAGGGGGAGUUCUACCUCUCCUACUAAGAUGUCCAACUCUUCACAGUCAGACUAUGCCUCUUCUCAGGCUCAGACUGAGAGAAGUAAUGUGUCCUCCUAUGAAAGGGAGUAUGCCCAGCCUUCCACUGAGUCUCUGGCUCUGCGCACAGCCAACGUUCCCUCCUACACACCCACCAUUAACGUGCCCAACACUUUGGUUUCCCUGGACACUGAUGCUGCAUCGAUUGGUGACUCUUCUCCUUCUUCAGGUCCCCCUUUGCCCCUGCCCUCAGUGUCCCAGUCCCACCAGUUGUUCUCAUCAAUCUUGCCAUCAACCAGGGCCUCUACUCUUCCAUUGCAGUCCAUGCCCGAUGAGCCCACGCCUAUGUCUUCCUCACCACCACCCUUACCCGUAUCCCUGACAGCAUCUACCCCUGCCUCGCCGUCUGCCUCCCAAACAACCCUACCACCUUCACCUUCUACCCUGGUCCUGCCCAGGGCAGGAGACACUCCUGUGACUUCGGUUCAGAUGGAGACAACCACAUUAUCUGUGGCAAUGCUCCCCAGUAGUCAAACAGCAGAUCCUAAGAACCAGAGUAACCCAUACCAUGAGAAGGUCAUUACAGAAUCAAAGCCACCGAGCCUGGAGUCUCUGCCCACAGAGGCCACUGAGGCUGUAACAAUGAGGUCUACGUCAGGGAUCCCUAUGCUCUCGACCUUAACAGUGUCCUCCACUCAGCAAACCCUUCCAGCCACGAGCACCAGCAUACCCCAGACGUCUCCAGCUUUGACAACCACCGUUCUCGAGACCUCUCAUCCCUUUAACCCUGCAUCAACCACAGCAGCUCCGAUGGCUGACCCCACAACAGUACAGACUACGGCUGAGAAACAGCUCUUACCAACCAGCCCUGAAAUCCCAGCACCACGGAUCUCCACACAAAGUGCUGUCACCACAGAAAGGAGCCAAGGCCAUGGAGGUGCUACCAGCCAAUUGACCCCCACGACCGGUGUACACACAUCAGUGAAAGGAUUGACCCCAGGGCCUGGUGUGACGGAAGAGUACAGCCCAGCUUCACAUUUCCUCAGAACAUCUCCUCCCCCAACCACAGGCGUCUCCCCGGCUGAAGCACUGACUCCUACGUCUACGACCUUCGUUGCUCAGAGCAGCACACCGUCACCAAAAGCAUUGUCAUCUCCAGCCUCAGUUAACAGCUGUGCCACUAACCCUUGUCUUCACGACGGGAAAUGCAUUGUGGACCCCACCGGCCACGGGUAUCGAUGUGUGUGCUCACCUUCCUGGCAAGGGGACGACUGCAGUGUGGAUGUGAAUGAGUGCCUCUUGAACCCCUGCCCACCCCUGGCCACGUGCAACAACACUCAGGGAUCCUUCACUUGCAAAUGCCCGGUUGGCUACCAGCUGGAAAAAGGAAUAUGCAAUUUGGUUAGAACCUUUGUGACAGAGUUCAAAUUAAAGAAAACGUUUCUCAAUACCACCACGGAGAAACAGGCAGACCUACGUGAAGUUGAAAAUGAGAUCACCAAAACAUUAAAUAUGUGUUUUUCAACAUUACCUGGUUAUACCCGAUCCACAGUUCGUGCUUCUAGGGAAUCCAAUGCAGUGGUCAUGUCACUGCAAACCACCUUCUCCUUGGCCUCCAACGUGACGCUGUUUGACCUGGCCGAUGGGAUGCCGAAAUGUGUCAACUCCUGUAGGUCCUCUGCUGAGGUCUGCCAGCUCUUGGGAUCUCAGAGGAGGAUCUUUAAAGCGGGCAGCUUGUGCAAGCGGAAGACUCCGGAAUGUGACAAGGAGACCUCCGUGUGCACCGACCUGGACGGGGUUGCCCUGUGCCAGUGCAAGUCGGGUUACUUCCAGUUCAACAAGAUGGACCACUCCUGCCGAGCAUGUGAAGAUGGAUAUAGGCUCGAGAAUGAAACCUGUAUGAGUUGCCCAUUUGGGCUUGGUGGUCUCAACUGUGGAAACCCUUAUCAGCUGAUCACUGUGGUGAUCGCAGCAGCAGGAGGUGGGCUGCUUCUUAUUCUAGGCAUCGCGCUGAUCGUUACCUGCUGCCGAAAGAGUAAAAAUGACAUAAGCAAACUCAUCUUCAAAAGUGGAGAUUUCCAAAUGUCCCCAUAUGCUGAGUACCCCAAAAACCCUCGCUCACAAGAAUGGGGCCGAGAAGCUAUUGAAAUGCAUGAGAACGGAAGUACCAAAAACCUCCUCCAGAUGACGGAUGUGUAUUACUCGCCCACAAGUGCAAGGAAUCCUGAACUUGAACGCAAUGGACUCUACCCGGCCUACACUGGACUGCCGGGCUCACGGCACUCGUGCAUUUUCCCCGGGCAGUAUAACCCAUCUUUCAUCAGUGAUGAGAGCAGGAGAAGAGACUACUUCUAAGUGCGGAAGAGAGAGGGAGGGCCCAGCAGGCUGAGCAAGCUGUGGGCCCUCAGCCGCGCAGAGGACUGCACCGGGGGCAGCAUGCUCCCUGGCUGCUCCCAGGACUCGCGGAGCCACACUCGAGUGGCAAGCAGGAAGCGGGACAGGCGUGAGGGGCGUGACCGCCAGGGAAGGGGACAGACGGAUCUGGGAUGUGGAACCGAGGGCUGCUCCUUGAGCACCUUCGCCCCUACUGUGAACAUGAACGUGGGCCAGUACCGGGAGUCUGAGUGCUGCAGCCACCACCGGCCACCAGCCACCGGCCAAGGGCUAACUCUUAGGGCACGUUGUCAGGCUCCUUCGCCGGGACCCAGUCUUUCCUUAGUUUGCACUUUAGUAAAUUGGGUAGGGAGGUCUCCUUUUGGAUUUUUUCCAAGACUGUUCCAAAAAGAAGGUCUCUUUUCCUCAGACGCUCCCAUGGGCCUCGAUCUGGUGAUUAAUUUACCGCAAAAUACAGGCUCUUUCAUUGUUUUCCUGCCCGGUAUCUACGUCCUAAACACAGGUGAUGAUGAUGAACAUACCACUAAGGUUUGGAGAUGCUGCAGGUGAGCAUACAGUAUUUUUGCAGGUUCUAGGUCUUCUGCAGUUUCCAAGCCAACCCUCAAAAUGAGGAACUGAAAUGUGCGAGGCAUAGCACACACUCCAUUUUUCAGUCAAGGUGACAUUUAUUUAAGAUUAUUUUUUCCCUCUGCAGUUAAUUCUCACUUUUUCAAUAAGUCUGUAUCAGGGCCAAACAAGUUGCAUUUGCUUUUAAUUGGAGGCCUCCCGCGGCCCGUGGUGAGGCGGGGCAGGCGGCGCCGGGCGCGGGGCGCUGCAGGGAGGCAGCCGAGAGUCACAGAGCCGCAGGCGGCGGGGCGCUUCUCCUCCCUGAGGGCAUCGCCCGCUGCGCCCCGGGGACUCGGACCUCCACCUCGGAGGCCGGAGCUGCUAGGUGUGUGCCGCAGGAACGGGAGGCUGAAGGCACGUUGGGCCUGAGCGGGCACCCGCCGCUGAAGGAGAGGCAGCUGGAUGUGGCCAGAGGACGGGGCUGACGGGGCACACUGUGCCACUUCCGGAAGCCGCCAUGCUUCGGGAAGCCGUGCGGGUUCCUGAGAAGACCCGGGAGCUGGGCUGGAGCCACACGUCCGUGAGUCCGCUUCCCUCCCGGGGCGGCUUCUGUGGCCUGUCCCGGACCUUGUCCACAAACUCGGUGUCCGCUUUCAACCAACGGUCCAAAGCCGUUUAGUCACGGAAGAAAUAACUUAUUUUCUCUCACGCAGUAAUGUGUCCUUUAUACUACUGCCGAGUUCCCUCCAGAAACAUUAUAAUUUAAGUCAGCAUUGGCGAACUAAAGACUUCCGGCCAGUUAAGGAGUUGAGAGUUUGCCUUGGGGAAGGGAAGGCCACAUGUCUUAUUUAUUAUGCCUGUGACAUGGGUCCUGUGAGGGGGGUGGGGGGCACCCCCAGGGCGCAGUGUCUUUACCUGCUACUUGUGGAACUGCGAUUACUCCCGCGUGUGCUUUUGACACAUCCUGGUUUGGGAUGAAGUAAAGAGGACACAGCGGUAGAGACCUGUUCCCACCCUGAAGCUCGGAGCUCAGGGGCACCCGCAUUUCGAAGCGGUCUAGCCUUUGGGGACAGUUCUGACCUGGGCAUGGUGGUUUCUUCAGCAUUCUCUUAUCUCUUCAGAGUGAUUCUCGUCCUUACUGCCCUGUAAUCCUCGUCCUUAGAGUUUUAAGUGUCAGCUCCUGUGUGCCCUGGUCUCCACGAGCCAGCAUCACCCUGCUGCAGCGGGAACACGAGUCAGGUGUGAUGCUUUCUAGUGAUUCCAUUGGACUCCUCUCCUGAGACACAAAUUCUGUGUUUGUCAGUGGGUGCCAGCUUCAAAUCUCAGAGCACCACCUUUCUGAAAUCUUUGGGUCUUGCCUCUCUCUGGGGAAGCAAAGGGCGUUUAUGCCUCCUGGUCUCGCAUCUCACUGGAGAGCUCCGAGCUCCUGGCCUCCGCUCACCCUAGCCAACAGGCUUGGCUCCGUUGUGAGGCGGCCUAGCCGCCUGGCUCCUGAUGCGCAUCCUUGCUCAUCCCCGGAACCCAGGGGCACCGGGGGGGGGGGGGGGGGNGCAUUCCCAGGCAUACUCAGCUAAGGGCGUCAGAUGCUAUCUCGGCUGACAGAUCAUCUCCUGUGUCAGGACCAGAAGCUAUAAGCUACACGGAAUGAAGUGUUUUGUCUCAAAAGGAUUCUUAAGAAGAAUCCCAAUGUCUAGAAAAGAGUGUUCUGUGAGUUCCAAGAAUGCUUUCCUGUGAGUAGGUUUUGUGCAUGUGAAGUGGAUCAAGAAUGUUGUUUUUCUUUUACUGUGAAAAAAGGAGGCCCCGACGAUGUUAGGUUCAAAUGUAUCUCAUUUCUAGGAGGCCGUGGGUUUGGGAACAGAUAUCUCAAGAGCUUGAGGGUCUAAGAAGGCACAAAAACGGCAGGACCCUUACCCAGCUCCAAGGCCGCAUGUCUGCCUGGGGUUAAUACCUCCCAAAGGGCCCUGCCUGGGCCGAGGGCAAACAACCAGUAGGACAGCAGCAGCCUCCGGACUGGAGGGACAGGGCUGGGUGCGCCCCGGGAAGCAGAAGCUCUCAGCUCGGGCACCUGGAAUGUGUGAUUCACGCCCACAGAAAUGCCACGGUGCUGCCUCCUUGGGGCCCCACAGCUAGGGGAAGGAGGAAGGGAAAUGGGACGCUUCACUGCUCCUGAGAGGCUUCAACUCCUGGAGGGCUGGGCGGGGCCGAACAGAAGCGCUGUGUCCCGUAGCAAGCGUUGGUAGCGCACCGAGACUCAGAACAGGAUGGGGGUCACCUCACAGCCUCCCAGCAACUGUGGGUUUUGUUUAAUAAGCUCCAGGGGGGUCUUCUUUCUCCUGUUUUUUUCCUCUCAGCCCCACGAGCCAGCCCAGGGCCCUGGAGAGAAUUGACGAAGUCCUACCUGUUGCGACCAGAAUCUCUGGGGUUCCUACCAUGACCAGGCUCUGUGCAGGGCCCUAGGCCUCACCACACCCUGGUAAAGUGUGAUGAGAGUGUCCGUUUCUUGCACGCGUGAACUUCCAGAGGAUGAAUAUCUUGCCUUAGAGAGCUAGGAUUCAAAUCCUUCUCCCUGCCUUGCCUUCCUGGUGACUGCCUCACCAUCCAAACGGACCUUAAAUGUCAAAGAGGGCAGGAGAGAGCGGGCUUACAAUAUACUUGUUUUUCUUAGGAACCUUAAUAUUAAGCAUUAACUGAACUAAUGACAUGAAAUGCAAAAAAAAAAAAUGUCGAAUCCUUUUUGAAAAAGUCCUUUUGGGUUCAUUGCAUAAAAUUGCACCUAUUUCUUGGAUACGUGAGGUCAUCGUUAAGAAAAGAGUGGCUGGCUUGUGUUUAGCGAGAAGUGUACUAGUACGUGGCUUUGGGUGUAGGAAGGGUGAGGUGAUAACUCGGGUUUUUGACAAACGCAGCCAGACUUAGAUGCCCAUCUGAGGGCUGCUUUGCCUUGUUCCCGCAGAAAGGCUGUGGCGCCCACGUAUUGGGAGCAUAUUUUUGUGAACGUGAUCAGAGUCGUGAACAUAUUCAGUUGAAUGUCUUAAAUGCUGACAAAUCUUCCUCCUUUGAUGAAAAUUUAUUUUCAGAAGCAGCUAAGUCAUUGAGAGCCAAAUUUGUUGAAUGGGUAGUGUAAUCAAGCUGGCUGCUAGCAUUUGAAAUGAUAAAGAUGGUGACUAUUAAGUUCUCGAAGAGGUAAUUCUUAAAGUAGGCCCAAAAAGAAGGGCAGCAUCUUUGCAAUACAAGGCUGGAUGGCUGCCCAAGAAAAUGUUUUUGAAGGAUGGUAUUUAUUCAGAUGUGGAAGUUCCCAGAGGAGGCACAUUAGGGUCAUCUCUCACAUGAAGCCAUCUUGCCCACUGGCCAAGUGCCCAGGUGCCCGGUAACCCUGGGAACUUUGCCUGAAGAAGCUAAAGCCAGGCGUUCUAGUUGCUUCUGACUUAGUUUAGCCUGGCACGCCCCAAGGUCGGGUUCUGACCCAUCAUUCUAAGAUACUUACCCUGAUUUCAAAAUUAGAAGACUUUUUUGGAGACAGGAAGAAUGCAAAGUUCAGUGUUUCAGUAUUUUCUGUCUUCUUUAAAAUUUCCCUUAAUAUCGGAGAUAUUUUCUUCUAUGUGAAGGCUUUUGUGGGGUUUAGAAGGGACAUGUCAUUUCCUCCUUGACAAAGCAUCAUUCUGAGGUUCUCGUGUGCAUUUUUGGAAACAGAUAUGCUUUUGUAGAAUUAUCUUUUGAGUAUGUGUUAUUGUUUUUUUUUUCUGAAAUCCCCAGAGAAGGAGACUAGUUAAAAUACUAGAAAUAUUAAAGUAUUAAAUGCCAGUUAAUUUGUUAUGCUAAAGUAUCUUUUCAAUAGUGUUAUAAUCGAUCCUGUUUGGUGUCAGCUGCUUACAAAAAUUGUCCAAGGGGACAAUUUAGGGCUAUAAAGAGAGAUCUUACGCCAGCUUUGUCCCCUCCGCAUUUUUUAAGAGGACAUUUCAAAGGAUUUGCCUACUAGAUUCUGGUUUUAUCUUUUUUUUUUUUUUUUUUUUUUUUUUGGNUUUUGGACAUGCAAUGCAGGUGCAGAGUUCUUGUCUAGGUAGGAUGGGACCGGACAGGGGUGGGAUGGAACCAGUCUAUCUGGGAAACUAACCCAGAUUUCUGUAUUACCUUGGCCUGUUUCUUUAAAAAAAGAAAGUCUUUCAUCAUGGGUUGCUGUGAGUUUUGUUAAUGUUUGUGUUGCUGGAUUUAUGGUUAAACGAAGCAUGUAGCUGGAAUAUGAACUUCUUGAGUUUUCACAUUGUCCCAAAUUUCUUUUUGCAAACCUUUAAACCUUAGCCCGUGGUUGAUUGUGUUAAAACCAUUAUGAGAAUGUUAUUUAAAGUUGUAUUAUAAUUGCCACCUCCACUAAUUAUUCAGUACUGUAGCAGCAAAGUAUUAUUUGUAAGAAUUUGGUUAUUUUUAUACUUAUAUCUACUUUAAGUCUGGCGUUCUAGUCAGUAAAUGAUGCAAUAAAACGAAUAUCAUUUUCA